UAGAAAGAUAAAGAUCUCGUGAAAGAAAGAAAAAAAAAGAAAGAAAAGGGGGAAAGAUGUUACACAGUACUUUGCCCCGGGCGUUUCUCGCUCCCGGGUUAAACUAUUUCGGUUAUUACGGAGAGGAAGUUCAUCAUCCUUAUGCGGCACCGCAAACGAGCUGGCACAUACCAACGGACAACGCAGCUAAUACGUACGGUAGAAUAUCUGAGCAACAUCAGACCGUAUUACGCGGUUGGGAAUCAUCGAGACCUUCGACACCUUGCCCAUUGGAUUUGUCCCUGAAAGCACCGGUUACACCCAACACGCCUAGGACAACCACCGAGGAUGCUGCUAUCGAGGUAGAUGACGAGGAAGACAGGAGGAUUCGCGAGGAGGCCCAAAGACGAGCGGAAAAUCGAAAAUAUCGAACGGAGAGCGAAAGCGUUGAUCCACUUUUGAUCGAAGAAAUCGAAAUCGAACCUCAACGUAGUUCGUCAGCUCACAGUCAACGCAGUUAUGACAGACAUUUGGCAUCAUCAAAAGAAAAUGGUUUGCACGUUCAGGAAGUAUUCGAUAAGGCUCGGUUUCCUGAUGAGACAACCACUCGAUUGCCACCACCUUAUCCGAACAAUGACGCUAUUCAAAAAUAUCAUCAAUUGCAAAAUCAAAAACUAUUAUUGAACAGUCCGACACGAUUGCAAUCGAUACAAUCUUACCAUCAGCAACUUUUAUUGACACCGCAGCAUCAUUUUCAAAGUAUACACGCACCUAUGACCCCACCGAGUACUCCAUCGCCACCCCAAUGUCCAAGAAGGAAGACCAGAGAGGAAGACGUAUCUUCGCCAUCCAGUUCGAUGAUAAACGUUAACGUUACUCCCCGACAAAAUGUAUCGUCCGAGAAGCCUACGCCAAGACCAAAAAAGAAACACGCGAGGAGACUUAAAUUCGACGAGGAUACGAGCAGUCCUGUUUCCGGAACGGUAAUAUUAGGACCGGACGAGGCAGUGGUUACCGGUGACAUUGAUCCAGCUUUCAACAUCGUCGAAGUCACCGAAGAGGCGCGGGCCGAACUGGCUAAGAUCGAAAAUCGGCUUGGCCCGUAUCAGUGUAAGCUCUGCAGGCAAUUACACGAGGACGCAUUUCAAUUGGCUCAACACAGGUGUUCCAGAAUAGCUCAUGUUGAAUACAAGUGUCCGGAGUGCGACAAGAGGUUCUCUUGUCCGGCUAAUCUUGCCUCCCAUCGUCGUUGGCACAAACCGAGAUUACCGAACGGAGAAUCGAUUACCGGUGGUUCUAAUUCAUCGACACCGAGUACCAACACGACAACCGAGAUAUCUUGCACCAGAUGUGACGCCAAAUUCAGUCGGCAGGCUGCAUUGAGAAAACACAUUGCCAAUCAACAUCCGGAAAAUGUUCUUAACGCCAACAUCAACAGCAAUAGCAAUAGUAGCACUAACAGUAAUAGCAGCAACAAUACCAGCAAUAACAACAAUAACAACAAUAAUACCAUCAAAAACAUCACCCUAGACGAUUCGGAAACUGCAUCCAAGUUGGACAGUAGCCAGCUCGGUAUACAGAGUCUUUCGAGCAACGUGAUGCCCUGACACCAGUUUCCUGCUCGACCCCUACCUCGACGACCUGGAUUUUAUUGGAGAUACGGCCUUGACUUGUAAGACUCGUACUACUUCAGAUUACUUCUUAUACUACUUCGUUCUAAUUCAGUACUAAUCAAUAGUACUUCUACUUCUUAUUAUAUACUUCAUAUUAAUUCACAUCCUUAAAAUCUGAAUGAUUAUAUUUCCAAAACGUUAUUCAACGAUUAAGUUUCGAAUACGUGAGUAAACAAUCAAAAUACUCCAAAAUUCGAUCUCUUCAAUUGAAACAAUUUAUUAUUACGGGGAUCUGAA